AUGAGCACCCUCUACCGAACCCUGACCGGUCAAUCGCAAACGUCGGAUCAUUCCGUUGGUACACAUGCACACCCGAGCUUGACGAGAACGACCACUGCAGACCCUCUAAACGGCACCCUGAAUCAUUUAAAUCCUAUCCAAGAACAAAGGCUCCAAGAGUUUAAGCAGCGCCUGCAAGAAGGGGGAUGGUGGAAGCCCGAUGGUGUCAAUGGCAAACCCAGCCAUGAUGAUGCAACUCUACUUCGAUACUUACGCGCCCGGAAGUUCGACGUCAAAGGUGCAAUUGGGCAGUUUACCGACACGGAGCAAUGGCUCAAAGAGCAACGGGUAGAAGAGCUUUAUGACAACUUUGAUAUUGAGUCGUAUGAGAAGGCUCGGCUGAUGUAUCCCCAAUGGACCGGCCACCGGGACAGACGAGGCAUUCCCAUAUACGUGUUCUUGAUCAAAGGCCUUGACAGCAAAAACGUGCAGAGAUACCAGAAAGACUCGCAGGCUUACAAGGACAGCCUUCCAAACCACAAGAAUCUCUCCACACCCGCCAAACUGCUACCCCUGUUCGCCCUAUACCAGAAUCUGCUCAACUUCGUCCUGCCGCUCGUUUCUACACUCGAGAGACCGAAUCCUGAAGUCCCUGUGACAAACUCUACAAAUAUUGUCGAUAUUUCGGGGGUGGGUUUGACACAGUUCUGGAAUUUAAAGGCCCAUAUGCAGGAUGCCUCUGUCUUAGCAACAGCACAUUACCCCGAAACCCUGGAUAGGAUUUUUAUAAUCGGCGCGCCCGGUUUCUUUCCAACAGUCUGGGGCUGGAUCAAACGUUGGUUCGACCCCGUAACCGUCUCCAAAAUCUUCAUUCUCAGCAAAAAUGACGUGAAACCUACCUUGGAAAAAUUUAUGGAAACCAAGGACUUCCCAAAGCGUUAUGGCGGCGAUCUCAACUGGGAAUGGGGUGAUCUACCCGAUCUGGACGAUGAAACCCGGGCAGCUUUGGAGAGGGAUGGGAACAAAGGCUGGGUCACCGGGCCCUGCCUUUGGCUUGACGGGCAGAGAGUGCCCGUCGGAUCUGAAAAGGGCAAACUCAGGCGCCCAAAUCGAGACAUUGAAAAGAUGAAGCCUGUUGUCUACGCGGCGGACUACACGGAAAAUCCCGUCCAUCCGGACAAAAAAGUGUCUUCGAGCGAGAGGCCGCCAGUGCUCAAUGGAACUGCCUCACCCCAUCAUGAAGCUGAACAAGCUUCAGCUGCAGCGGCUGGAGGAGCCACAGUUGCGAAUAUUAUUGCGACCGAAACGAAUUCGGAGCAGCAAGCACAAACUCCACACACAGAAGCACAAUCGACAGCGCCGUCAAAGUCAGAACCGCUUCCUCAUCCGCCAUCCCAACCUGAACCUGGUCCUCUUCCUGCACACUCCAUCGCAAUGACGACCGCUAUCGAGGCAAAACUUGCUCAAGAAUCAAUCUCAGCCAUCCCAGCCACCGCCAAUGGUCACAUGAACGGUAACGCCACGGUCCACGGAGAGGGAAACCCCGAAGUGCUUGUGGCGAGCGACGCGAGCAAAGGACUAGCGAUCGAGGCCCAGAAACUGACGAUUUCGGAGACGGGGGAGCGGAACGGGGAAAGCGAGCGGCCAGCAAUGGAGAGAUUCGUGACUGCGACGGAGGUGUAA